GUCCCUCUAGCGGCGGCAACACUGUGGCAGCAACACCCUGAUGCACCUGUAACCCCUAUGAACAUGUCUCACCCUGGCACUGGACGGGUAAACACAGAUGCACAGGUGCCUGUGUUUAUGGAAAGGAUCCUGUUGGCACUGAAUUCCAUCAAGGUGACACAGCAGACCCACUCCGAGUACUUUAGCUUGCUGCUCAGAAACACCAAAGAUGCCCCACUUGAUCCAGAGGGCCUGCCGGACUUGCCUUUUUCUACAGUACAGGACUUCGUGCACUUUGACAAAGAGCUGGAGGUCGACAAGAGAGCAAGACUUCGUAUGAGACAACACAUGUUAGUUCAAGGAGGUGAUACACCUAAAGAACGGACCACCCGAAUUUUGAGAAGUAUACUAUCUUCAAGUGUCGCAGCCGAGUACAGCUGGUGUGGCGCCAAGGGAAAACACAAGUUUUCUGAUCUCAACAUCUGCAAGCUCCUGUGCAGCACCCUCACCUACCGUCAAAACUUGGAAGAAGCCAAGGCAACUAAGAAGGACAUAGAAAAAGCAGGCAUGUCGUGGCUCCGUCAUGCUGCUGAGCGGGCAGCGGCAGAAAAAAAGUCCAUGGGAAGGAAGGACGGCACACCAUUUACACUAGACUAAGAAAUCACUUCAACAGGGCAGCCCUUUGAAAGGAACUAUGCAAGUCUGUUUCUUAACGUUUUGCACUACAAUUUGCAACGGCGGUGCCCGCAGGGAGUGUGGUAAUGUAUCUGGAGAGUUACAUUUUCAAAGAAACAACUUAAUUGAGUAAAAGUUUAAAAGUCUGAAUGCUUUUCUCUACAUAUGGUGUUUGCUUGCUUAUGGCACACAUCUGAUUGUUGCAACAGCUGAUAAACUGCAGCAGCAGUUCACAAAUAAAAUACUCGCAUAGCAUUUUUGGUUUGGAAAAGACCGUCUGCUUUGACCGAGGGGGCCGUAUGUCGGCUGUUUCACCAGUCAGACUUGUGACGUUAGGCGAAUGCUGCAGAUAAGAAGACAUUCCUAUUUUUUACUUUCUUCUCAGGUAAAGCCAUUCAUUGAAAUUUGGAUGGAAAAUUUCACCACCUACGGAUACCAGUGUCGUAAAUUGUAGCACAGUACAUUAAGACAACAAUUUAUACAGUUCCUUUGAAGUGCCCUGUAUGUAAGAUGUGCACCAAUAUUUUUUUGGCAAUUCACUAUCGAUUCAAUAUUCUAACAGCCAUUCUGGCAUUUCAGUUUUGUGAUACUUUAUACAAGAUGUAUUUGUCACACUUGUUUACACUACUCUUUUCUAUGCAGUUCAUGCAUUUUUUCCUGUAUUAAGCAAGUUCAGAGUCACUGAUGUCACUUGCUUUUAGUAUAAAUUUAGCUAUUCAGUGCUCGGCUGCUAUUGUAGACUUUGUGCAUUAUUUAAUGUAGAUGUCUGGUCUUGCUGACCUUGGUCACAUGGCAAUAUUUUUUCUAGAUUUUGCCAAAGUAAUUCUUUUGCACGACUUGCAUACAAUCAUUAUACACUGUUGGCCCCUAAGCUGAAAGGGGGUUAGUCAUUUUUACUGGCAUUACUGUCCUGCAACUUGCAUUUUUAGUACUUGGCAUGUACUGCUUCUAUGCCUUGCCAUAACUGUAUUUCAGUUUUAGAUAAUGUGUUAUUUUUUUUAUAAUUAACAACUCUAGUGCAAUACUGUGAUAACAUAUUCUAUGUUUCUGCACUUCAAAGGAAAUGUUUGAGUGAUAUGCAGAAGUAAGCAUUCUAGUGAAAUACUGUGAUAAUAUGAGGGGGCAUCAAAACGUUUCUGAACUGGCAUCCCUGAACAAAAACAAAACAAGUACAGCAGUGUGACACUUCCUGACAAGCUUGCAGUCUGUGCCGAAAUUUACUGUGCAGGGCGAGAGUGAUCUCUAGCUGUGCUUGUUUGUUCAGAAGGGAUUUUACAACUUUCUCACCGUGAAACACAAAUGAAAAACUCAAACCACGUCCAUACAUCAUUUUCUGUGAAAAUUGAGAAGAACACAUUAGAAACUCCGUCAGCAAGCAUUCGGUGACUGAUCUAGGUUACACAAAUCUGUGAGUGGCAUGGACAUUUUAAGUGAGGCUGAGAAUGGCUUGAAAACAAUGAAUCAAGAGGAUGCCCUCCAACAAACCUAACAUUUAAAAAUGCAGAAAAAAUCCUCGUUAAUUCAGUAACACUUUCUGAGAACGAUUUCGGACAUUGCUGAACAACUCGACAUUAUUUAUGGUUCAGCAAUAUCCGAAAUGCGCUUCCGACGGUCUUCGUGAAAUAACAUAGAUUUUUUUUCGGCAUUCUGAAAUGUUAUGUUUCUCGGAGGGCAUUCUCUUCAUCGUCUCCAAGGAAUUCUUGGCCUUGCCUAAAAUGUCCAUGCCACUCACUUAUACAUGUUUUUACUAAAUCAUGGUCACCAAAUGCUUGGUGAGGAGUGUGUGGUAUUUUGACAUGUUCUUCCCAAUUCUCACAGGAAAUUUGAUGUAAACGUGCUGUUUGAGCUUUUUAUUUGCCUUAUGCGGUCAGAAAGUUGUGAAAUACCUUUUAAACAAACAAGCAUAGCUCGGAAUUUAUUUUGUCACCACACAGUGACUGGCAAGCCUGCUAGGAAGGGUCAGGUGUGUCGCACUGUGGUGCUGCAUUUUCUUUUUGUUCAGUGGUGGCUGUCCAGAUACUUAUUGAUGCCACCUCAUAUGUUAUUUCUCUGUCUUUGCUUUUUACAUUGAAAUAAUAAAGCUUUAUUUGUUUCGAGA